AUGUCUCAAUCCGGAGCCACCGUUUCGCAGGAGUGCAUAACUGCCUACAACGACCUGAAGCUGUCGAAGAAGUACAAGUACAUCGUCUUCAAGCUGUCGGACGACAACAAGCAGAUUGUCGUUGAGGAGGCGUCCCCCGACAAGGACUGGGAGAACUUCCGUGAGAAGCUCAUCAACGCCACCGCCAAGAGCAAAUCGGGUGCUGUCGGCAAGGGCCCCCGAUAUGCCGUCUACGACUUCGAGUACAACCUGGCCUCCGGAGAUGGUGUGCGAAACAAGCUCACCUUCAUCGCCUGGUCUCCCGAUGAUGCCGGUGUUCAGCCCAAGAUGAUCUAUGCUUCCUCCAAGGAGGCCCUCAAGCGAUCCCUGACCGGCAUUGCGACCGAGCUGCAGGCCAACGACCCCGACGACAUCGAGUACGACACCAUCAUCAAGGUCGUCAGCAAGGGUCUUGCCGGUUAA